AUGCUGACUUGUGCCAGGCCAGAUACAGUAAACUUCGGCUACUAUUCUCCAUUGAAGUUGUUCGAUGGAGCGGAUGUACGGCACUUCGUGGUACUGAAUCACGAUAGGUCCGGAGACCGUCUUGAUGCCCUAGAGAUCAGCGGACAUGCGAACUUCAUUGAAAAGAGCUUGGGCUACUUCAAACAGUUGCAAUCGAUCCGAAUCGAAUGCGAGGAAUAUAGCCGUGGGAGCGGCAAGUUUUUGGAAUUGGAAAAUAUGAUGAAUGGAAUAUUGGGGGUAGAUGAUAUAUAUGUCCAGGAUAUGGAAUACUCGACGAAGGGGGAUUCUGCAUAUCGUUGGAGUGUGUGGGCGUGGGGAGCGUAUAGAGGAAAGAAACCUGAGCGCGUUGUGAGACCUCUGCAUGGGGUCCCAGAAAACGUCAACCUCGCAAACUACCACCAUGGCCCUGGCUCCAACUUCCAGCCAAGGAUGUAUCUUCUCCAGAAUCAAUUGCCCGGCCGAAAUCAGAAUCGAGAUCUGGACCGCGUAUUUUCAUUGGUUCAAUGA